CCGACCGACCGCGGGAGCGUGAGAGGAGCCGCGAAUUCUGUUUCAAGGCAGCGCUGACCCUCCAGAGAAGACACAAUGAGCAAGGCUCAUCCGCCCGAGUUGAAAAAAUUUAUGGACAAGAAGUUAUCAUUGAAAUUAAAUGGUGGCAGGCAUGUCCAAGGGAUACUUCGGGGAUUUGAUCCCUUUAUGAAUCUUGUGAUAGAUGAAUGUGUGGAGAUGGCAACUAGUGGACAACAGAACAAUAUUGGAAUGGUGGUGAUAAGAGGCAAUAGUAUCAUCAUGUUAGAAGCCUUGGAGCGAGUAUGAUAGCUACGUUCAACAUUCUAUCUACAUCAGUUGUUUCUACGCACCCCGCUUUACUACAGUGUAAAAAUGAGGCUAUGUACAUUUUUCACGUUCAAUUUUUUUUGUUAAAUAAACUUUUAUAAUAGUAAAAAAUGCUUCCUCUUGGAUAC